AUGUCUGCCUCUCGCUCCGCGCUUCGGCCGUACGUCUGCUCGUCGUGUCGACACGGCGUGCUCGCUCCUCGACGGAGGUUUAGCUCCAAGCCCGCUCAGAACCCGGAAAUCUACGAUGUCGUGUGUGUCGGCGGCGGACCGGCUGGCUUGGGGCUGCUGGCAGCUCUCCGGGCUUCUCCGGUUACGUCGAAGCUGAAGGUUGCCCUCGUCGAGAGCCAGGAUCUGGAUAAAGCCCGAUCGUGGGAUCUGCCCACCCAUGAAUUUUCCAAUCGGGUGAGCAGCCUUACGCCCUCGUCGGUCGCGUUCCUGCGGAGGAUCGGGGCAUUGGAGCUGCUGGAUACAGACCGGGUGCAGGAUUACCAGCAGAUGCAGGUGUGGGAUGGGGAAACAGGGUCCAAGAUAUCUUUCGACUGGGCAGAGGAGACGUCGCCGUUUGAGGAUCCGCGGACGGUGGCAACGAUGACGGAGAACGCCAAUCUCGUGCGUGCGCUGCUAUCACGUAUCGAAGCUUCCGGUGAUGAGAAUCUCAAGAUCUUUUCCAAGACCACCGUCUCGUCGAUUGAGAAUGGCUCGGAUCAUCCGGACGGCCCUGAUCUGUCUGCCUGGCCAGUGUUGACGGUGGCGCCAUCGGAGGCCUCUCCGGCGUCGACCUCUGAGCCCCCUGUCCGCAUCGCAGCGCGGCUGCUCGUCGGGGCCGAUGGCAUCAACAGUCCUGUUCGAUCCUUUGCCGACAUUGCCACCGAGGGUUGGGACUACAAUCGACACGGCGUUGUUGCGACCUUGGCUCUCUCGGACUCGGAGGCGCCCACGUUCCCGGCCGGGAUGCGAACAGCGUUCCAGCGUUUCUUGCCUGCACUGGGAGGACCGAUCGCUCUGUUGCCUCUGCCCAACAACCACGCCACGUUGGUGUGGUCUACCACGCCGGAGCAUGCGGCGUAUCUCAAGUCUCUCCCUCCGAACGCGUUCAUUUCAAUGGUCAAUGCUGCAUUCCGACUGUCCAUGACGGAUCUCAAGUACAUGAUGAAGAUGAAGCGCGUGGGAGAAGAAGAAGAAGUCAACCAGCAUGACGCCGAGUUGACCUGGCGGCUGCAGCAUACCCCUCAACCGAACCAUAUCCCGCCAAUGGUGACAGGCGUGCAGGAACGCAGCGUUGCGUCCUUCCCACUGCGCUUCCGCCACGCGUCCACAUACAUCUCCCCCCGGGUCGCGUUGAUCGGCGAUGCGGCGCAUGUGAUCCACCCGCUCGCGGGACAGGGCCUCAAUUUAGGGCUGGGCGACGUUGCCUCGCUCUCCAAUACCAUCGAGUACGCCGUGACCCACGGGAUGGACGUCGGCGACCUCCUCUCCCUCGAACGGUACUCGACGGAACGAUGGGGAGCGAAUGCCAAGGUGGGCGGCGUCUGCGAUCUCCUCCACAAGCUGUACAACGUGCCUGGCCAGGGCCCUGUGGCGUGGGGACGCAGUCUCGGCCUGAAUGUUAUCGACCGGCUACCAUUUGUCAAGGGCUUUCUCAUGAGGCAAGCCGAGGGGGGCGCUUGA